AUGUGCUACUCCUGCACCCGGAAGCCGCGGAACAGUCACAUGACCUCACAGGUUUGUCAGAAUCCCGCCUCUGUCUCUUUCUUCCACGCGUCCCUCGUGAGAGAUCUCUUGUCUUUAAACCGUCUGAGAACGAUCCUUGGCUGCACUGCAAAGAUGCCCAGGGAAGACAGGGCCACAUGGAAGUCCAACUACUUCAUGAAGAUCAUCCAAUUGCUGGAUGACUUCCCUCGCUGCUUCAUCGUGGGUGCAGACAACGUGGGGUCAAAGCAGAUGCAGGCCAUUCGCUUGUCUCUGCGGGGGAAGGCUGUGGUGCUGAUGGGAAAGAACACCAUGAUGAGGAAGGCCAUCAGGGGGCAUCUGGAGAACAACCCAGCCCUGGAGAAGUUGUUGCCACACAUCAAAGGAAAUGUGGGCUUUGUCUUCACUAAAGAGGAUCUGACAGAAGUGCGAGACAUGCUGCUGGAGAACAAGGUUCCGGCUGCUGCUCGUGCUGGUGGUAUUGCCCCCUGUGAUGUCACUGUCCCGGCUCAGAACACUGGACUGGGACCUGAGAAGACUUCUUUCUUCCAGGCUCUGGGCAUCACCACAAAGAUCUCCAGAGGAACCAUUGAGAUCCUGAGUGACGUGGGCCUCAUUAAGACCGGGGACAAAGUUGGUGCCAGUGAAGCCACUCUGCUCAAUAUGCUCAACAUCUCUCCAUUCUCCUUUGGUCUCAUCAUCCAACAAGUGUACGACAACGGCAGUGUGUACAGCCCUGAGGUCCUGGACAUCACAGAGGCCUCGCUGCACACAAAGUUCCUGGAGGGAGUGAGGAACGUGGCCAGCAUCUGUCUUGAGAUUGGAUACCCCACUCUGGCCUCCAUUCCCCACACAAUCAUCAAUGGGUACAAACGAGUACUUGCUGUUGCUGUGGAGACGGACUACUCAUUCCCCCUCGCUGACAAGGUGAAGGCCUUCCUUGCAGACCCCACUGCCUUCGCAGUUGCUGCACCUGUGGCUGCUGCUGAAACUGCAGCUGCUCCAGCUGCUGCUAAAGAGGAGGCGAAGGAGGAGAGCGAGGAGUCUGACGAUGACAUGGGCUUCGGCCUCUUCGAUUAA